GCUAAACCAUAUAUCCACUACAUAUAUGCACUUUAUAUUUCAACUCUAAGUAGUCUUCCACCACUUCAAUUAUACACCUUAUAAAUCAAAAUACCUAUCUCAAUCAUGAAGUAUACUACUAGUAGUACUAGCUUAUAGCUAGCUAUAUAUUCAUUGGUUAUGGAUUGGUUCUCAUGGUUGUCAAAAACCAACCUAGACCCUUUUCAACUCUACGAGUAUAGCCUCACUUUCACCCGCAAUGAGCUUCAAUUACAAGACUCCAUCCACUUCAACCACGAGUUUCUUCAAAGCAUGGGAAUUUCAAUAGCCAAACACAGGCUAGAAAUUCUCAAUCUUGUCAAGAACCAAAAUGAAAAAGUUCCAAAAAACAGUAAUAGACUUUCGGGGGUUAUCAAAAAGUACCUAAAGAAGUGUCUUAGCAAGAUCAUUUUCAAUGAAGGAAAAAAAGAAGCAAAAGACAUGAACAUGAUGUCAUUGCAAAGAGAGCAAAGUUGGAACCAAGGGAAAUGGAGAAGAGCAUUGGUGAGUGAGGAACUCAAAGGUGAAAAAGGUAUGCAUAGAAAUAGGAAAAUAGCAUUUUCAGGGCCUUUAGAUGGAAGAAUGCAUAGUGAGAAAAUGGUAAUUAGCAACAAAAAAAUGUUGAAAUUUUCUGGUCCUCUUGAUGGAAAAUUGAAUUCAAAAAUGGUUUACACUAAUAGAAGUCCAGUGAGAAAAAGACCUAUUGAUGGAAGGUUUAUGGACACUACAAGGAGUCCAAGAUUUUCAGGGCCAAUAAACCAAAUUGAUUUUCAAAGUCCUUACAACAUGACAAGAGAUGAUUAUGAUUUUGAGGAUUCUGUAUUGUGGCGUGCAUUGUUUGACGAUCUUAAACCAACUUGAUUUCUAUUUUGAAGCUUGCUUUUUUGACAUCCAUCGUUUCCUAGAAAUACAUGGAAAUGACCAAAAAACUCAACUAUAGUUAAAUACCGCCGGAGGUAGUUUCGUAACUUCCAUCUGGUAUUAGAAAGUUUUUGAUGUUAGAAAAGCAAUUUUCUUCUAUUUUUCUAGGUUUAUUGUGACACGAAUGUUUUCUUAUGCAAAAUGAUUGUUUUAUUGCAAUAUUUCUUUCCUUUGGUGC